ACGCAAAAGAGGAAACUCUGAGUGUGUGUUAUACGACAAAGGCACCAGAUACUUUAUUCAUUAUUUCAUUUCCUCUUGAGAAAAUAAUACCGUAUACCCUUUCCCCUCAAAUCCACAACUCACUGGGGCAUUCUAUUGUCAAUUUGCAAUUUGCAAUCUGCAAUUUCAUUUUCCUCUGUAUUUUUUUUUCUUUCUUUUUUCAUUUCCUUUCUCUCUUAUAUUAUCACCUCAAUCCGGUGCUCUGCCUACCUAUAUUUACUUUUAAUGUGCCGACAGAGGUGAAAAAGCUAGUUCUUGUUUCAGAUGCUUUGGUUCUCAAUACCCAUUAUUGAUUGUUGAAUCCUAAACCUGUUGCUGUGCUGGGUUGUUGAUCGGAUUCGGUUCCAGACUGAAAUCGCUUUCUGGGAAUUUUUUCUUGUGACCGACUGGAGGCCCUUGGGAAAAUCUGUCUUGGUUUCUUUCAUUGUAAUAAUAUAUGGGCUGAGGUGCACAUUUCAUGGGAGGUGUGGGGGAUGAAGAACCAGCCUCAAAACGCAUGAAAGUAUCCCCUGGAGACUUGAGAGGCCUUUCCAACGGUUCAUCUUAUACAGAGCCUGUAGCUGGCUCUUCAAGAGACUUGAUGGCUCGGCCCCUAACAUCCCAAGGGGACGAAGAGGUUGUUGGUUCAAAAGGUGUUAUUAAGAGAGUUGAGUUUGUUCGACUAAUAGCAAAGGCACUAUAUUCUCUUGGCUAUAACAAAAGUGGUGCUCGUCUGGAGGAAGAGUCCGGAAUACCUUUGCACUCUCCUGUGGUAAAUCUAUUUAUGGAGCAAAUUCUCAACGGAAAUUGGGAUGAAAGUGUUGUCACAUUGCAGAAAAUUGGUCUAUCAGAUGAAAAUAUCGCUAAAUCUGCUUCCUUUCUGAUAUUGGAGCAGAAGUUUCUUGAACUUCUAGAUGAGAAAAAGGACAUGGAUGCAUUAAAGACAUUGAGGACUGAGAUUGCACCUCUUUGCAUAAAUGCUAGCAGAGUUCAUGAGCUUUCAUCGUGCAUAGUUUCUCCUUCAUUUGUUGGGUCCCCUGGUCAAAGCACUGUGAGGGCCAAGUCUCGGCCAAAGUUAUUGGAGGAAUUACAGAAGCUGCUCCCCCCAACUGUUAUGAUACUUGAAAGAAGGUUGGAACAUUUAGUUGAACAAGCCCUCGUCUUGCAGCGUGAUACUUGCAUCUUUCACAACUCUUUGAACGAGGACAUGUCUUUGUACACCGAUCAUCGGUGUGGGAGAGAUCAGAUUCCUUCUCGAACAGUGCAGGUAUUACAAGACCACAGUGAUGAAGUCUGGUUUGUUCAAUUUUCACACAAUGGGAAGUUCUUGGCUUCAUCGUCAAGUGAUAAAUCAGCUAUUAUAUGGGAGGUUGAUGUGAAUGGCUGGGUGUCGUUAAAGCAUAGGCUAGUCGGUCACCAUAAACCGGUUUGCUCUGUUUCAUGGAGUCCUGAUGACCGUCAGCUCCUCACUUGUGGAGUGGAGGAGGUUGUUAGGCGUUGGGAUGUCUUUACUGGUGAAUGCCUCCAUGUUUAUGAAAAACCUGGCCUUGGUCUAUUGUCGUGUGGAUGGUUUCCAGAUGGGAAAUGGAUAUUCUCUGGUGUCACUGACAAGAGUAUCUGCACGUGGGAGUUAGAAGGGAAAGAGGUAGAGUGUUGGAAAGGGCAGCGAACUUCAAAAAUCUCUGAUUUGGAAAUAACUAGUGAUGGAAAGAAAAUAUUAAGUACUUGCAGAGAAAAUGCUAUAUUGCUACUUGACAGGGAAGCCAAAGUUGACAUACUACUUGAAGAGGAUAAACCUAUAACUUCUUUUUCUCUUUCAAGCGAUGAUAAGUUAUUGUUGGUUAAUCUUUUGAACCAAGAAAUUCAUCUGUGGAGCAUAGCAGGUGAAGUCAAGCUUGUUGCCAAGUACCAAGGUCACAAACGCACCCGAUUUGUCAUCAGGUCUUGUUUUGGUGGACUUGAAGAAGCUUUCAUUGCUAGUGGUAGUGAGGACUCACAGGUUUAUGUAUGGCAUAGAUGCUCAGGGGAGCUAAUAGAAGUAUUGCCAGGGCAUUCCGGAGCUGUUAAUUCUGUCAGCUGGAAUCCAAAAAACCCACACAUGUUGGCCUCAGCUAGUGAUGACCGUACAAUUCGAAUAUGGGGACUAAAUGAGUUAAAAGUAAAACACAAGGAUGCACACAGCAAUGGCAUCCAUUGUUGCAAUGGGGGAAGUUGAAAAAGACAUGGAAAGCGAACCGCGCGCUGGUUAUAAUUUCUUUCUCUGACCAUUGCAUUUGUGUAAAUACUUUAUCAUUGACAAAAUCAGACAUUCAUGUCAAACAAGCAUGUGGAUUGUGCAGCAAGUAACACACUAUAUAAUAAAUCUACUAUUUCAUUUUCAGUACUU